UGAAGAAGAACAAUGACGAUAAGUUCAAAACCCCAAUGUCUUCCUCUUUCUCUCCCGGUCAUUGACUUCUCGGCUCCAAACCUCAAACCGGAGACUCUCGAGUGGGACUCGGUCAGAACUCAAGUCCGAAAAGCCUUAGAAGAUUUUGGAUGUUUCGAGGCCUUGUUCGAUGGAGGUUCAGUGGAGCUACGGAAGAAUGUGUUCGAGGCCUCGCAGGAAGUUUUUGAUUUACCAUUGGAGAGUAAAAUGAGUGCAAAGUCAGAGAAUCGUAACAAUGGAUACUCUGGUCAGGUUCCGGGUAUGCCUUUAUUCGAAGGCAUGGGCUUUGACGAUGUAGAUAAUCCUGAGGUUGUCAAUUAUUUGACUCACAAGCUUUGGCCACAAGGGAACAGCACCUUCAGCAAUACUGUUCAGUCGUUUGCGGAUAAGUUAAUAGAACUAAACGUGAAGGUGAGGACAAUGCUCAUGGAAAGUUUCGGGCUCGAGAAAUACGUAGAGGAGCACCUUAACUCAGCCAAGAACCGGUUUCAUUUAUUUAAAUACAAAGGACUUGACGAUGAUACAGAAGAAAAUGUAGGUAUUGACUCUCACAUCGAUAGGCAUUUCCUCACCAUACUAUGCCAGAAUGACGUAGUAGAUGGCUUGGAGGUAAAAACCAAAGACGGUGAAGAGUGGUUCAAAGCUAAGCCAUCUCAAGACUCUUCGUUCCUUGUUAUGGCUGGAGCUUCUCUUCAUGUGUCGUUGAAUGGUAGGGUACAUCCUCCGCUUCACCAUGUGGUUAUAACCGGAAAAAAAGAUCGGUAUGUGGCUGGACUGUUCUUGCGUCCUAAAGAAGGACUUAUCAUAAAUGCGCCUGAGGAGAUUGUGGAUGAUGAACAUCCUCGUCUUUAUAAGCCUUUUAAUUUUGAGGCUUACUUUAAGUUUACAUACAUAGACACCAAUAAGAGAGAUCUGUCUGCUCUCAAGGCCUACUGUGCCCUUUAAAAAUUCAUGAUGCCUUUGUAAGUAAAUAAAAUUGUAUCUCAUUUGAUCAUUUGUGGACUUGUUGAUUCGCUCUUUAGUUGGUAUGUUGUUACCUUUAC